AUGCAAAUUAUCACAGGGCAACUGACUCAUUUUGUCAAUCCUUUGGCCCGGCGGGACAACGUUUAUUCGGAGCAGCAGAGAAAGAUUCUGGAUAUUGACAAGUCUCACGAGGCGAUAGAGACGAUCCGUUUAUGGCCGGGUUACAGCGUGACACCGCUCUACAGUCUCAACUCAAUGGCACGGGAUGCGGAUAUCGGGAAGCUCUGGUACAAAGAUGAGUCCAGACGCUUUGACCUGAAAAGCUUUAAAGCCCUGGGCGGAGCGUAUGCCGUGAUCAGACAGCUGCAGAAGGCAUUGGAGCAAAAGCUCGGCAAAACUCCCGAUACCAGGGAGAUCCUGGCUGGGAAAUGGAGAAAAGAAAUCCAGGAAAUUACGGUGAGCUGCGCUACAGACGGCAAUCACGGCCGUUCUGUAGCCUGGGGGGCCCGCUUAUUCGGCUGCUCUGCUGUGAUCUAUAUUCACAGGGAUGUCUCCGAGGGACGCAAAGAAUGUAUGGAAUCCUUCGGGGCCAGGGUCAUCAGAAUUGAAGGGAAUUAUGAUGAUUCGGUAAAAAUGGCCGAUGCCGAAGCAAAAGCGAACGGCUAUAUUAUUGUUUCUGACACGUCUUAUCCCGGGUAUACCGAGAUCCCGAAAGAUGUAGCUUUGGGCUAUACAGCAAUGCUCUCAGAGCUGGUGGACCAGCUGGGAGGAGAGAUUCCAACCCAUGUUUUUGUGCAGGGCGGAGUAGGGGGCCUGGCUUCAACAGUCUGUGGCUAUUUCUGGCAGCUCUGGGGAAACGAACGGCCCCGUUUCUCGGUCGUCGAACCGGAGCAGGCCAAUUGUCUCCAGCAGAGUGCAAGAGCAGGGGAGCCAGUCCGUGUUGAAGGUUCCCUGACGACAUUGAUGGCGGGCCUGGCCUGCGGGGAAGUUUCCAUCCUCGCCUGGGAAAUCCUCAAAAACGGCAGCGAUGAUUUUAUGACGGUCAGCGAAGAUACCGUUCCGGCGACGAUGAGGCUGUUAGCGCAGGGAUACAGAAAUGAUCCGGCAAUAGAAGCGGGAGAGUCGGCAGUGCCGGGCCUUGCCGCAGCCCUGUUGGCCCGGGCUGAUCAGGAAAUCGCCCGAAAAAUGCAGCUGGAUUCUUCCAGUAAGAUUCUGCUCAUCGGCACAGAGGGCGCGACCGAUCCGGAGCUCUACCAGAAGCUGGUCGAUAUUGACAGCGAAAUAUAG